CCGAGCGCGGUGCGGCUCGCGGGCAGCUGUGCAGGCGGCGGCGGCGGCCUGAGCCCCGGGCAGCCUCCCUCCGCUCUCCUCUCCGCGCGCGCUCAGCAUGAAGGCCUUCAGCCCGGUGAGGUCGGUGAGGAGGAGCAGCCUGUCGGACCACGGGCUGGGCAUCUCCCGGAGCAAGACCCCGGUGGACGACCCCAUGAGCCUGCUGUACAACAUGAACGACUGCUACUCCAAGCUCAAGGAGCUGGUGCCCAGCAUCCCGCAGAACAGAAAGGUGAGCAAGAUGGAAAUCCUGCAGCACGUCAUCGACUACAUCCUGGACCUGCAGCUCGCCCUGGACUCGCACCCCGCCAUCGUCAGCCGGCACCACCAGCGGCCGGCGCAGAGCCCCGCGGCGCGGCCGCCGCUGACCACGCUCAACACGGACGUCAGCAUCCUGUCGCUGCAGGCUUCCGAGUUCCCCUCCGAGUUCAUGUCAGACGGCAGCAAAGCGCUCUGCGGCUGAGCACCCGGUGUGCCUGAGUCGCUUCCCUCUUUCCUUUGCACAACACAGACCCGCAGGACCUUGGAAGGCGCCGAACUUGUCAAGCGUUUCGCAAGGGAGGACAAGUGGAACGGACUUUCUGGGGAAAAAAAUGGAAGGAGCGGCAGGAGUGACGUCUUCCCGGGGUGUCCUCUGGCCUGGACGGUCAGCUCGUUAUUUAUGAAAAAGACUCGCCAGCCCUUUCCGCAGGUGGACGGCGUAGCUUCUUCCUAGUCCCACCGUGGGGAGCGGAGAACCUUGGCCGUCGAGGGGCUGCCCCCCCAGCUGUGCAGACUUUGCCUUUCUGGAAAGGCGGAGCGUGAACCCCAGCAGGAAUCGGCGUGUUCUGAGAGCCAGUCUCUGGGUCAGAGGUUGCCUUUUGGACCUAAGCCGACUGGAUGCUGUGUAUAUGUUUAUAUAUAUCUGUAUCUAUGGAGUGCGAUCUCGCGAACUCUCAUGAGAGUGUGCCUGUAUAGUGGCGGAGACGCGUGUCUCUGCGUCAAAAUGGCUAAACUUUUUAUAAAAGUUUGGUUGUAAACUUCACCGUUUUCUACGAAAUAAAUACCGUGUGUUUAUGGAGUGGUGCCUGCUUCGGUGAUGUGUGUGUGUGUGUUUUAAUGAUGCUAUGUUCUAAACAAAUGCAUUUCAAGUUACUGUAGACUGUACCAUGAUAAUAAAACGUGUCUCCAAGUCCA